AUGAAUGUUUACCGAUUGCUUUUGCCAUCGUUGGAGGCGAGACCUUGGAUGCAUGGAACUAUUUUCUUGUUAAUAUUCGUGCUCAUGUUACUGACAUGUCAAACAUAUGUUGUGGAGAAUAAUCCUAAUUGGCAGCCACCAAAUGCAUAUCACGUAUUUUGUAUUCGUCAUAUUGCAAGCAACUUCAAUCAAAAGUUUCGGAAUGAAGGUUUGAAGCGGAUGUUAAAGAAUUUAGGUUAUACUCUGGCCAUGGUUGAUUUUGAAAGGAAUCUUGCGAGCUUCCGUGAAAGUAGUCCUCAAAUUGCUGAGUGGAUUGAUGCGAUUCCUAAGGAAAAGUGGUCGCGAGCCUACGAUAUUGAAGGACGGAGGUACGGUUGGUUCAUUAUUUUGUUGAGAGAGGAACAAAUGUCGUUGCACAACUUGAAUCAGCUCACCGUCACUGCAAAAAUUGUUGAAUUGGUCAAGAAGAACCAGGUAGAUGCAACAGGCCAUCACGUUCGUGCAUACAAUGUGGAACAUACUGUCUUCGAGGUUGACGCAGGUUGGGAGCGUUCAUAUUCUAUCAAUCUCCCACAGAGAUUCUGUCAGUGUGGAAAGUUUAAGGCCUUUAAGUAUCCGUGUAAUCACGUCGUUGCUGCUGCCUUAAUUGUUAGGCAGAGUGCGUUCACGUACGUAGACGAUGUCUUCUUGGCUACUAACUUGGUCGAGGCUUAUUCGUUUCCGUGGGAGCCAAUCGGAAACGAGGAAGCAAUACCUGAAAUUAAUGGUCCAAAGAUUAUUCUCGAUGCCACUAUGUUGCGUGCAAAAGGUCGUCCAAAGUCAACUCGCAUCCGCAACGAGAUGGACGAAGUUGAGACAAGUCAAAGCCGUAUCAGGUGUGGACUUUGCAAGGAACGCGGCCAUAAUCGUCGAGGUUGUCCAAAUCGUGGGAGAAACGACUGA